CACUUCUCCACUCCAAUCCAGUUAUUUGCCUGAAGCAGACACUCCAGGCACAAUGGAAUCUAGCACAAUGAGUUGACACGCUGUGUGAGAAACCAGAAUGACGAGUUUAAGUGACUGAGAGUUUGUUUUUUUUACUCACGAAGGACAUGGCGGGACAGUUUCUCUGCACUUUCCUGGUUGGGCUGUGCUUGGCGUCCAGUGCCCAGGGCAAAGGUGAGCAACGGGCCAUAGCUAGGUACCAUGCAGCUGCUGGGCAGUUCUUCCAGCUGCACCAUGGCAUUGCCCCCCGAAAUCUGGGGGAAAAUGUCACUUUGACCUGGAGUAGAGGUGCUAAGAAACACCUGGAGUGGAGAAGUGAAACAAGUAUCCGAAUCAUCAACGGCUCCCUACUCUUCUUACCGGUCGAGUUCUCUGACAGUGGAUACUACACCUGGAAUAGCAGUGAUGUCAAAGGGGCGUGGCGUGGGGAGGAGGUGUUCCUCUCCGUGGUUCGAGGGGUGUGUCCACACCACAGUGAUGUCAUCCCAGUCCAGAAGGGCACCAGUUGCAAGCUGCACUGUGGCCUGGAACGGAUCUUUGCUUUAGAUAAGAGUAGAGAAAUCAGCUGGCUAAAGGAUUGCAACCCUAUGAAUUACAGUGAGAACAUUUUCAGAAUCAGCAAAGUGAAUGACACGGAUGGAGGAAAUUACACCUGUUUAAUAAAUUUCACCUUUGAGGGGAAGAAAUUCAAUACUUCUCGGACGAUACAGCUGAGGGUUGAGGAUGACCCUGCUUCACUUGACCCCAAGGUGAAUUGGCCUCGUAACAGCACCAUCAAAGUUAAGCCAGGUGUGAAAGCAGAGCUUGACUGCAAAGUGUUUAUGGGCAAGAAUAAGGAUAUAGUGGGUGAGACCAGGGUUUACUGGUUGGUCAACCACUCCCACAUUGAGUUAUGCAAAAACAAAGACCUUCUGAACACAACACAUGAAGAUUCUGCAGACGGUGCUGGCGUGCACAGGCUCCUCAGGCUGGCUAUAGCCCAGGUGCAGCCCGAGUUCUUCCACGUGCCGUUCCAAUGUGUCAUCUCCAACAGCGUGGGCCAGGACACGGGCGUGGUGUGGCUGAUUCCAGCAGAUGACACAGACUACCAUCUCCUCAUAUUCCUCUGUGCAGCUGUUCCUCUGAUUGUUGCCAUGGCGAUUCUUUACCGUUGCUUCAAGGUUGAUGUGGUGUUGGCAUAUCGGAGCUUCUGCCCCCUCAUUUCCAACCAGCGGAAGCUGGAUGGUAAGCUCCAUGAUGCGUAUGUCAGUUGCCUCCACAGUGAGGCACUGUGUUCCUCCCAGCUGGAGAACUUCUGCCUGCAGGUUCUGCCAGAAGUACUGGAGCAUCGCUAUGGUUACAGCCUGUUCAUCCGUGGCCGAGACAACCUGCCGGGAGAAGCUGCUCAAAAUGUAAUUUCCGAAGCCAUCAGGAAGAGUAGGAGGCUGAUCAUCGUGGUUUCGGCCCAGAACAAGUCUGCCCUGGGCCCUGAGGACCAGGCACUGCAGGGCCAGGACACAGACAGGGAUGUGGAAGGAGGCCAGGCUGAUUUUGAGCAACAGAUCGGGCUCUAUGAUGCCCUAGUGGAGAACAGGCUGCGGGUGGUCCUGGUGGAGUUGGGGAGGGGUGUGGAGUACUCCCUCCUCCCAGAGUCCAUUGGCUACCUAAAGCGAAAGCACGGAGCACUGAGGUGGAGGCCUAGCCAUGGAGAUCCCACGGCGCACCCUAACUGCCAAUUCUGGAAGUACUUGAGAUACCACAUGCCACACAGGCCCGAAGCAAGCACCAGCAUUAAACUGGUUCACAGGCGCCAGAGCCAGGGCUUGUGAACAACAACAACAACAACACAAAGACCCAGUGCAUCAGCUCUGCCGCAAAGCUGCAGAUAGUUGUAAUAACUAUAGUUCUGUCUCUCUCCAACUCAUUACUGUGUGGUGUGUGUACCAGUAGUGUUGAGGCUUCUGCCACAAAAUGGCUGCUGUGUUUCACUGUAAAUUUCAUACAUUUCCUUGUAAAUAUGUUAUUAGAUUUGAUGUCCAGCUCCAUUUCACUAUGGAUAGGAAAUCCUUUCUGCCAUCAUUCUAUUCUAGUUAAUAGCUAUCUCACAGUACAAUUAAGAUGUUUCUCUUUGUCCCGCAACUGUUAUACAUAUACCAUACAUAUACCAUAACAAUAUGGUAUAUGCCAAUCUAUUUCAAUAUCUUUUAAGUACAUUGUUUGUAAUGGCUGUUAUUGUAACUCUGUAAGUUUUUUUAAUUGUAUUUUAUUGUUUACUGCUGCUUAGCAAAAGAAUUUCCCCUUCAGGAUAUGUUACGGCCCCCUGCUCUGUGCUGUUCAUUCUGGUGUUACUUCACAGGUGCCUUGUUGGCGGAGUACCAGGUCGUUGGCAGAACUGGGAGCACCUGUGGCCAGAUGUUACAAUGUGCCUGUCUCUUGUCUGAAGGAGGGUACUCUCUCCCCACAUACCUGCUGGUUCUUUUUGGGUUUGCAUCAGAGAACAUUGCUUCAGCAUACUUUUCACACAUAUUUUGUAAAAUGGUUCUUUCAAAUAAAUUUGACCUUGUUUUUUAAA